UGUUCAGUACGUUGUCUGGCUUCGCGCGGAUCGGAAUUGCUCGUUUUUUCUUGUUGUUCACUUAUUGUUGUGUUUUUUUUUACUGAUAACGCGAUAUACUGCAUCAUAUUUUUUUUUGUGUAUGAGCGCUUAUCGAACUUGCUCAAAUAACAAAAAUACUGAGUUGAAAUGACAUAAAAAAAAAUGCUAAAAGUAGUUAUUUAGAAAAUAAUGACGGGUUAUUAACUAAAACAUCGCGUAAAUAAUAGAACAAGUGACCGCAAAUUGUUUAAAAACGAAAUAAAUAAAAAAUGAAGCCAUUAGCUACUUAUUAUAAAUUAGUAGAUCGUGAUACGGAAAAAGUUGGUGCGAAAUGGAAAGUAAUGAGCUGUUUGGUGUUGAUACUCGCAGUUGUGGCAUCUGGCAUCGUAAGUUUCAGCUUUUACUCUUUGGAACAUGCCUUUGGUGACAGAUGCGUUCUCAAAGCUAAUCCAUUGUUGAAAGUUUCUGAACCCAAAAACAGCACAGAAACCCCUAAAAACGUUCUUGACGUUCUGAGCUCCAAAUGGGGCCUCAACGACGACUGCAGCUUCGCCGUUUUCACUCCUUUAUUCCAAUGCAUGACGGGAAUCAUUUGGAUCUCACUAUUUCUCGUUUGCGGCAAUGGCGGCGCAUCGAAUAAAAAUAGCAGUACAGUUCCGAAGCCAUAUCAGAUCGUUUUGCCGGUGACAUUGUAUUUGUUGGCAAUGAUUAUUUUAACGGCGUAUGAAGUGCCGUUCAUAAGUGAUGGAUUACUUGCAUUUUGUGACAAUUUUCUGAACCAAACGUCACAUCUUAAUGAGUCAAGUAAUGGCUGCGGUUCGUUACUUGACAAAUACUCGCAACCAGAAUUUCAAAUGGACUCUUCAGCAGCUGUAGCUGUCUACAAUCCCUCCGUUAUCCCACCAAGUUGGCAUUUUUAUCUCUCAAUCGCCUUCAUAUGGACCACAUUAGGGGCUUUUCUUCUUGCAUUCCUGCUCCAGAUCAUCCGUUGCUUGUUCGUUGUGGAUUUCCAACUCAUCAAAAUCACCAUCGCACAUCAGGAGGACGAAGAUACGCGAACUCUCAACACGGAAGAUAUCAUGACAAUUUCCAGCAGCAACAACAGCGCCAGUUCACCGGAAGUCCUACGGAGCAAUUCACGCGGACUGAAAUCUCGCGGAAGACGUCGCGGAUUGGUGGUUGACGAACAUGACGCAAAAUAUUUAUCGAGUAGUAGUUCUAGUCUAGUCAAGCCGGAUCACGUUCCCCUGAUGACACUUUCUGACGGCGAUUCAAGUCCCCGAAGCGUUCGACGCGACGUCGAAUCAAAAGAUUUUUAA